UUAUUUGUAAAACAAAUUAGAUUAUAUUGGUCUAUAUAUUUAUUUGAUACUUCAUAAAAAAAUGAAUGUAUUUCAUUUUUCUAUACCUAUUUAUUCUUUGUAGUUUUACAGGAAACGAAAGUUUCAAAUUAUAUUUUUUAAACUUCCGGUAACAACUUCUAUUUACUCAUCAUCUGACUCAAUUUUGUGAACUGAAAUGGAAAACUUGGAUUACUUUGCAGUUGGGACAAAAAUUUUUGAUAACCUUGUCGCAGAAAAUUGCCUAUGUUCUUCUAAUGGAGUUUUGCUCACUUGGCAAGAACUUUUUAAGUAUUCAUUUGAAAUUCCAAUGGAGCAUAAACUGGAUUGCCAAAUCUUAUGUUUGAGCAUAGCAAGACAUACUGCUGAAGUUUAUAUUAAUCAAGCUUCUAAUUGCAAUACAGUAUGUGGUGAAGUAUUUGAAUUAUUGAAUCUUCUAAUAUCUGAUGACAAUUGGGAGAUUUUUGUGACACUUUUUCAAAACGUGAAAGAUAUGCAUCUGCGGUGGAUUUUCAUGAAAUCUAUGUGCUCCAUCUUGUAUUCUUCAUGUAUUGCUUUAUUGAAAACAAGGGUAAAUAAAUUACUUCAAAUGCUGACGGCUACUUUACUGAAUGAAGAUAAUUUGCCAAUUUUGCUAUUACUUUCGUCUUUAGUUACUUAUAAUAGCAAAUGCUCAAGCUCUACAAAAUAUUCAUGUCAGAAUGGUAGACAAUGUUCAGUAACUCCAUACAAAGAAGUGCAGCAUGUCUUGUAUGAUAAAUUGUCAUUGGAAUGGAGUAACUUUUUAACAGAAUUUCAUGCUGUAAUGACCUGUCCUGAUGAAUGCAGAAAAAAAAGCAUAGCUGAGUUUUUGUUUUUGUGGAAUAUCCUCAAAUUGAAAGAUGAAGCCAUUAUCUCCAAAGUUUUACCAAAAUUAAUUUCCUAUAUAAAGGGUUUAGACCAUCAUAGCUCAAAUGGCUCAGUCAUUCUUAGUUACUUCAUUGAGGAUGAUGAAUUACUAUUUUAUGUAAUGCUGUCUACAUUGAGGAUAUAUAUAGUGUUUAAGAAAAGCAGGACUACAAAUCUAGAAAUACUGGCAGCAUUGGAAAAGGAAGCUAAUCCUCAUUAUGUAUUCAUUGAACUUUUGCAGAAAUUGGGCUUUGAUCACAAUGAACUGAUUUCUUUUCUAACAUCUGAUGAAACAUGCUUUCUAUUGUACCUAUUGCAGUAUUUAAAACUUGUUAUCAAUGAAUGGCAUGCUUUUGUCCAAGUGCAUAUGCUUCUGUUGCAUGGUGAAAGGAAAAAGAGCCAAAAUGAUGAAAAUGUUAAACAGACUUUGCGCACUGAGUGUGAUGCAAUAGAUGAACGUGUGCAACCUGUUGAUCUCUUGGAAAGCUUGAAGCCAGUUCCACAUCUUGUUCCAUAUGCUGAUAGCUCUGAUGAUGAACCUGAACAGCUUGACGAAUGUGUUGAAAAAUCUGUGUUAGUUCUUAUUCAUUUAAAGGUUGCACUGGAAAAACUGAGUAAAAUCAACGAAUUUCCUUUUACCGUAUCUCCUUUAAUCAGUCUGUUGCAAGAAUGUGAGAACAGAUGGUUGUCAAAGAAGUGAUUGAAAUAACAGAUUUUAAAGUACUUUGGUGAAGAGAACAAACAGUCACUAAUAGAAAAGAGGGAAGAAAAUUGUUUAGCGAAUCACCGUUAAAACAUAGCAUUAAAUUUGGAUCGUACUUCCUUUUGGGAUUUCAGUUCUGAUCCCAAAUUCUGUGGGAUCUAGCUCCGUAUUUAGAGGAAUUGAGAACAUAGUCCCUCAAGAUUGGGCUGGGCACUGCACUGACUGGUACACAUCUGUCUACGGUGCAGGCUUGAGCAAAGACCAAACAUGGCUCUCAUAAAAGAAAAAUAUCUUGUGGAAGGAGAUGACUUUUGUGAUAUCUUCUCUGAAGUGUUUAUAUUUAUUUAAUCUUUUUAAAACCGAUUACAGACUUUGCGUUUUCAGCAUUGUUUUUUGCACAAAAAAUCCCCUCGGGUGUGAGGGAAUCAUUAUGCUCAUUGGACAUAACUUUGUACACCUGCUGCUUGUUU